UCGGCUCGCCUCGCGGCGGGCGCCCUCGUCGCCAGCGGCGCACCAUGGACGGGCUGCCCGGUCGGGCGCUGGGGGCUGCCUGCCUUUUGCUGCUGGCGGCCGGCUGGCUGGGGCCCGAGGCCUGGGGCUCGCCCACGCCCCCGCCGUCGCCCGCCGCGCCGCCGCCGCCCCCGCCGCCCGGAGCUCCCGGCGGCUCGCAGGACACCUGCACGUCGUGCGGCGGCUUCCGGCGGCCCGAGGAGCUGGGCCGGGUGGACGGCGACUUCCUGGAGGCGGUGAAGCGGCACAUCUUGAACCGCCUGCAGAUGCGGGGCCGGCCCAACAUCACACACGCCGUGCCCAAGGCCGCCAUGGUCACGGCCCUGCGGAAGCUGCACGCGGGCAAGGUGCGCGAGGACGGCCGGGUGGAGAUCCCGCACCUCGACGGCCACGCCAGCCCGGGCGCCGACGGCCAGGAGCGCGUCUCCGAGAUCAUCAGCUUCGCGGAGACAGAUGGCCUGGCCUCCUCCCGGGUCCGCCUGUACUUCUUCAUCUCCAACGAGGGCAACCAGAACCUGUUCGUGGUGCAGGCCAGCCUGUGGCUCUACCUGAAGCUGCUGCCCUACGUGCUGGAGAAGGGCGGCCGGCGGAAGGUGCGGGUCAAGGUGUACUUCCAGGAGCAGGGCCCCGGCGAGCGCUGGGCCGCGGUGGAGAAGCGCGUGGACCUCAAGCGCAGCGGCUGGCACACCUUCCCGCUCACCGAGCCCAUCCAGGCCCUGUUCGCGCGGGGCGAGCGGCGGCUCAGCCUGGACGUGCAGUGCGACGGCUGCCGGGAGCUGGCCGUGGCGCCCGUGUUCGUGCACCCGGGCGAGGAGUCGCACCGGCCCUUCGUGGUGGUGCAGGCGCGGUUGGGCGACAGCCGGCACCGCAUCCGCAAGCGGGGCCUGGAGUGCGACGGCCGGACCAACCUGUGCUGCCGGCAGCAGUUCUUCAUCGACUUCCGCCUCAUCGGCUGGAACGACUGGAUCAUUGCGCCCACCGGCUACUACGGGAACUACUGCGAGGGCAGCUGCCCGGCCUACCUGGCGGGGGUGCCCGGCUCGGCCUCGUCCUUCCACACGGCCGUGGUGAACCAGUACCGCAUGCGGGGCCUGAACCCGGGCACCGUGAACUCCUGCUGCAUCCCCACCAAGCUGAGCACCAUGUCCAUGCUCUACUUCGACGACGAGUACAACAUCGUCAAGCGGGACGUGCCGAACAUGAUCGUGGAGGAGUGCGGCUGCGCCUGAGGGCGGGGCUCAGACGGUCCCGCGGCGGGGGGCACGCUGUGCGCGGCAGGGGGGGCGUGGCGGUGCCGCUGGGCUGCCCGGGAGGUGCCCGGGGGAGGCCUGAGAGAUUUUCCUGCUUCUUCAUCCAGCCGUCAGUCAAAAGCAGGGGGAGAACCCUCCACGGACACGGCAGACUCGACGGUGCGAACGUGGACGCGCACAGCCGGGCGCACCCUGGCACCCACACAGCAGCCUCCGCGAUAGCAGCAAACGGAUGCGGUGACAGAGGAUAGCUCAGCCCCGAACGCCUGUCACCCGGAGAGUGGGGUGAGCAGCCACCAUCCCCACCAGCUGGCCAGGCCACUCUCAUCGCGCCUUCCGAGCACACACAAGAGCACAAAGACAGAGACAGAGAGAGAGAGAGGGAGCAGGGGAGCCCUGCAGAGGAGUGGGCCGCGGGCGAUGGCCGCGUGUCCCCUUUUGCCUGUGCAAGGCCCGCCGUGCCUCGGCAUCUCUUGGCUCCAACGCAUGGGCUUCGUCCCCCGGCCUGGCAUCCUUCCUGCUGCGGGGACCAGGGCAGCCCCCAUCCUUUCCCACCCUUGGAGAGGGAAGGAGGCCCAGAAAGGACAUCACCUGCCGGAGACGGUGGGGCCGUGGCAGUGACCGUUUGACUGUUGCUUGGGUCCCUGGCUUGACUUCUGUGUGUGUGUGUGUGUGUGUGUGUGUGUGUUUUGGG